CCUUCCCGCCUCUCGUGAAACUAGCUCUUGGCGACACCACACGUCCAACACGCCCUUACCAGGAAACCUUCACGUCCGAGCCCUACAGCAGCUGUACCCCGGCUCAAGCCAACUCGCAAACACAAGCCUCAGUCAUGUACUCCCGCCGUCACCCGAACAAACGUGGCAAACCUCCCGAAGAUACAAUCAUCACACAGUACAAGAACUUCAUCAGGAACUCUCAACGAGACGAAAACGGGAACCGAUUCGUAGAGGCUAUCGUCACAAUGCCUCCCAGUAACGAUUGGACUCGCAUCAACCGUCGGAGGAAAACCCUCCAGCCCCGCCCUCCAGAGAUUGUUGACGGGGACAGCCGCACAACUGGGGCCCCGUCCCUGCAUGUUCUUGCUCGCCGGACAUUGAAUAAGCAUAUCGAGGAGUUCACAGCCGAAAUACUAAGAGGUAUCCCCUGGGUUAUCAUAAAGCCUAUCUGGGAGGACGCUUUGAAUACCUCAAGAGAUAGCUUUCUUGUGUGGUCUAGAUUCGCUUCUGUCUAUGGGGAUGAACCCGACUUCGCGUGUCAUUCCAGGGCCCAGAGCAGUGGACCAGUUAUGGAACGUCUACGGAUUGAAAAACUCGCAUAUACAGUUUCCCUUGGGUCCCUAAUAGGCCCCAUAUCCAAUAAUCAAGGGAUGUGGAUUGUAUACCUAAACCUUCUGUAUAACAAAGGUUACACCAGGGAGGAGCUUUUAUGCAUACCAGAAAUCCCCAAUCUUGUGGUUCUAAAUUUCCCUUUCGCCAGUAACGGACAGGUUAGCACCCUUGACGAUGGUGUAAUUAGGUCCUGGUCUCGCUCCUCCUCCAGGGACGGGAAGCUAUCCAGGUUGAAGGUGCUAAUCCUUAGGAACCACGCGGGGAUUUCCAACGAGUCCCCUAAGUACCUCAGCUGGAUCAAAUCCCUGGAAAUAGUCGAGCUUACUGACACCAAUAUCACCUCCGAUGCUCCAUACUGGGGUAUGCAUUGGGAACACGAUAAAUCCCGGUUGUGGGAAGAUCUGGCCACGACCCGCGGGGUCAUGCACGUCUUUCGCAAGCACCAGGCCGAGUCCGAAAAGCUAACCCUUCUCUUGCAAAUCGGAGACAGCGUUACCAGAAGCAGUGAGGAGCAUCGUGACAAUAUCUUUAUCCUCAAGAGGAUCAGAAAUUUGGCUGUUGCGCAAGCGAAACGCAAAGGCUGUUCUGCUAGCUCCCCGCCUUCCGGCCCACCCUCAUCGUCCAGUGGUCAGGCUAAGAAGCGUAAGGGAGUUCGGGAUAGCAAGAAGAAGGACAUGGGGGGUCUACUUGCGGAGUUUGGGUAUGGACCAUCUGGCGGUGGAUUUGUCUCUGCCCUGGGUGAAUAGAUGGGUUGGGUUUCGGUUCGGCUGGCAUUAAUCUGGUGUUCUGGGUUCUGCUCGAGCGCUUACCGAGAUGCUCCUCAAAAUCACUUGCAGUAGUGAUGCGGUUAAUCCCUAUGGCUAUAAUUGCUCGUUGUAUUAUGGCACACUUGUCUUACACACCAGACGGGAACCCUAGUAUACGGUUAAUGUUCAAGUAUCAUAAUUACCUCUUGUCUCCUUGCGAUCACGAUAGCAUCACACAAUAGAACUCUCUUCUCUUCUAUUUCAUUUUUAUUUCUAUCUUUACAUACAGUACUUUUUAUUUUCAUUACGACAAUUUUCUGCUA